ACUAUAGCAACAGCACUCCGUUUGCUGUUCAGAAGCUAGAAGUUCACCUGCUUACCUGAAACUGGUAGUUAAUUAAAGUAAAAACAAAAUUCUGCCUGAAUAAUCCAGCAGUGAUGGAUUCGGUUCUUCUGUAUGCUGAAGCGGAGUGUUUUAUCCAGAGUCUGGAGCGGAUCUCACUGCGGGAAAUCGGGAGUCCUGCGUGGUUUCGGCAACAUGAAUACAUUGAGAAACUCAACAUGCAGGCUAUUCUUAAUGCCAGUGCAAAUCAAGAGGAGUUCAUCAAAGAUCUGUUUGUGUCUUUGGGGAAGAUUCCCAUCCUGGUUCACGGAAUGAUACUUGUUGAGAUCUGGAAACACAAAGUAUUCCCUAUUCUGUGCCAGCUUCAGGACUUCAGUCCCAAGAGCACCUUUCCACUUUAUAUGGUGAUUCACCAUGAGGCUACAAUCAUAAACCUGCUGGAGACAAUCAUGUACCAUAAGGAGUCCUGUGAGGCAGCUGACAAUGCUGUUUUGGACCUGGUGGAUUACUGCCAUCGUAAACUCACUCUGCUAGCAGGACAGUCUGCCCGCGGAGAAAUCCCCACUCACAAUAAAGUCUCACACACAGAACUUACAGAUAUGAACUCCAUACAGGAUCUGCGCAACAUGAAUAGCAUGUUGGAGUUUGAAAUUGCUCUGAAAGCUCUGUCUGUGCUUCGCUACAUUUCCGAUCAUGUAGAAAGUUUGAGUCUGAGUGUGCUCUCAAGGAUGCUGAACACUCAUAACUUGCCUUGUCUUCUGGUUCAACUUGUGGAACACUGUCCAUGGAGCUGCAGAUCGGGAGGUAAACUGGAGAAGUAUGAGGAGGGUAAGUGGAGAAAUAUUCCUGCUGAGGACCAACUAAAGAUGACCAAACUGGACGGCCAGGUCUGGAUUUCCCUGCUCAACCUGCUGCUUAAACCAGACUGCCAAAGAAAAUAUGACUUCAAUAACUUCAAUAAAAGCCAGCUCCUAAAGCUGUGUGGAUUUUUGACGGAGGUUGUUAUCGAUCAGCUGCCCAAUCUUUCUGAUCUUCAACGUUUCCUCAGUCAUCUAGCUGUUACAGACCCGGCACCACCAAAAAAAGAACUCAUCCUCGAGCAGCUUCCAGAAAUUUGGAAUGAAAUUGUUGCUGAGAAUUCUGGCAAGUGGAAGGCUAUAGCAAAGCAUCAGGUGCAGAAAGUGUUCAACCCAUCCGAGAGUGAGCUGAGACAACAGGCAAACAGGUUGGCUGAGAUGUAUAAUCUUGAUCUGAUGGAGAGUCUUAUACCGGAUAAGCCAAAGUGCGGAACUUGUGGUGCGGAGGGGAUCAAACGCUGCUCCCGCUGCCAGGGGGAGUGGUACUGUAACAGAGAGUGUCAGGUGAAGCACUGGCCCAAGCACAAACUUGCCUGCCAGCUGAUGGCAGAGGCCACAGAGAAACUACAGAAGGAGCUGAACAUCAAGACCUGAGCAGACCGAAAAUGGAAAGAGGCAGAGACUUCAGAUGCAGAAUCACAGAGAAGAGCAGACAGACAAAUGACUAAACUCCAUUAUCACACUGACCUUUGUAGAAUGUGUUGCUAUGGUUAUGGUGGUCAUAAUGGGAACUGAGGAAGAGAAGGAGUUUUCCUCUGCUCAAGUGAGCAGAGCAUGUGCAUGUUUUUCCCUGAAAAUGUAAAAAAAAAAAACUUUUAUAGUUCUCAUAAGUGUUAGAACAUUCUGCACACUGCUUCCCCAUGACCAAAGGUAUAUGUAUGAACAAUGCAGAUGCUUUAUCCUUCACUCUCAUUUCCCUGUACUUCCCUUUUGUUUGUUGGGUGGUACAACUUCUGGUACACAAUAUAGGCUACUGUUUGUUUCUCAACAUUGAAACCCUGACUUUUGGCUAAUACAUGCAUAAGAUAUAUGAUAGCUAUAUGUUGGUGCCAUAUGUUAAUAAACACUUUAAUAAAUCUCCAGUGAAUUGAACAAC